UUUUUUUAGUUUGGCUUCCUGUUCUCUAAGGAUUGCGAGACAAGCAAGUUUCACUGCCUUCCCUUUUCCUGAGGAGGCAAGGAGGGCUCCUGCUCGCAGAUGUGAGGGCCGGCCGGCCAAGCUAUGGCCCCCCUGGGGCUGUUCCCAGUUGUGGUGAGUCUGAUUAAAGUGGUUCUGGUUCUGAUGAAAAUUGGGGAAUCCUCAGGAGCAGUCCUCAUGCCUGACGCAAAACAUGGGGUAGAUCCACACAAACGAGAAUCCCUCCACUCCAGUGGAAGAGAAGAGAGGGAACUAAAAUGCCAGAGGGGAUAUUAUUAUCACACAGCUGGAACCCAUUGCUGCAUGCAAUGCCACAAAGGAACUUAUGUUGUAGAAGAGUGUUUAGGGCCAGAGAAGACAACCAACUGCUCGGAGUGUGGCUCAGGUUCCUACAUGCCAGAAAAUAAUUAUAGUCCACGAUGUUUGGGAUGUUCAAGGUGCCGAGCAACCUUGGGACAGAUAGAAAUAUCCAGCUGCAAGCCUGAACAGGACACUAUCUGUGGUUGUGGCAACAAUCAGUAUCAAACUAGCGGUGGCUCUGAGUUCUCCUGCAGGAACUGCAGUGCUUGUGAGAAUGGGAAAAUCAGACAGCAUUGUACCAAAUUUAAUGACACAAUAUGUGAAUGUCAUACUAAUUUUUUUCGCCGAACAGGGGAAAACAACUGCUCCCCAUGCAGCAGCUGCAAUGAUGAAGAGUGCAAGAAACUCUGUGACAUAAUGCUUACCUCAAAGACAAGCCCAUCGAAUUCCAUGGAAAUCAUAGUUACUCUUGGCUCAUUUCUUGUUCUGAUUGUAUUUGGCUGUUUGGUGUUGCUGUUGGCAAAGAGGACCAACUGGCAAUCCUGUCUGAAGAAAAAGAACUUCACAUCCUGCUUUAAUUCUUUGGAUCAGGCAAUAACAGGAGAACCUACUUCAAAGAUCGACAAUAAAACAAAUUGCUCCCUUCGGUGUCAAGAUGAUGAAGUCCAACAGUUGUCACAGGCAAGCCCAGCCGUGCUGCUACCGGAUUGUGUAAGAUCUGCAAGAGAAACACAGAUCCCAGAUAAUCCUAAAGUUUUGUACACUAUUGUGGAUAAUGUACCUAUGCUCCGGUGGAGGGAAUUCAUGCGAUAUUUGGGGCUGAGUGACAACACAAUGGAAAGAAUCAGUAUUGAACAACGGCAUAUAAGAGAAGCACAAUACGAGAUGCUAAUACAGUGGAAACAGCAGGCCGGCCCUGGUGCCUUUGUGGAGCGUAUCAGUAAUGUUCUCAACCAAAUGAAUCUGACUGGCUGUAGCGAAGCUAUCCAAGAGGCCUUGACCAAGCAGCCUUAGUGUUUCCAUCUUCCAUGAGACUUUUUAAAGGAAUACGAACAUGAAUGUCUAUCUCUUGAAAGAUAGCAAUGUCAUGUCAGUUCCUGUGUGUGAAUGAACCACUACACUGUACACAAAACUUUGAUAUCCCUGUAUAUUCCCCGCAACAUAAUGGUUUUCAGUGGAGUAAUGUCAUUCAGCUGUUCACUUUCAGUUGCUGAGAAAUCGUGUUAUAUUGUAUGUAGAUGUAAACACUGUCAAUCCCUGUGAAGACCGACUCCUCCUUCCAGAGAUAGAUUUUACCUUCCAUUUGUCAAAAAAAAAUUGUAGAGACUGUAAGGUCUACAAAGAUAAAUCUCAGUAUAUGCCUUCUUUAUAUGAAUUGGAAGAAACGUAUCUGAACAGAAUAAUUUAAAUUGUAAUGAGAAUUUUUAAAGUAUAAGCUCAUCAUUUCCUUUUCUCUGUCUCGCUUUCUGUUUUUCAUUCUGAGUACAUUACUUUAGAUAUUUUUAAUAGUUUGACUAUCAUGCUUUCUCUGUCUGGAACUUUGACGACAGAAAUUGUGUGUCUUUUGUUUGAUUACUUCCAUUUCAAAUUUGGAAAAAGUUUCUUUGGACUGCAUUUCAGCCAUAGGUGGAGCCAAAACAAAGUGAAAUGAGAGAUGUAAAUCAUAAACCGUACUGACUUGUCACAGUGCAAUCACUUUCAGGCAUUCAAGGCACAGCUUCAUUCCCUGGAUGAUGUGGAGAAGUAAUCCACAAUUAUCUUGUGCCAGUUCCAGAAGCAGAACCCACAAAACCUGUGUUCAUUCCCUAUUUUCUUAUCUCACUUUUUGUUAUAUAGCCUUGUCAUUACACCUGCGUAGAAAUAUCAGAAGAUAAGCAUAAUUUGAGAUGUCCACAAUAAAAGAGCAUAGUAAAAGGUAAA